AUGGCUUCAGCUUCGUCAUCAGCCAGCGGCCCCGUGCCAACCGGCGCAACGCUGGACUGGGAUUGGAACACUGUCCUCACCGCUGCUCAAAGCAGCAAGCUGACCCUUCUGGUGGUUGCCCCUUCCAUCGCUUGCUUUUUGUGGUUCUUUGUCGCCUACCAGACCUCACCGUUGAAGAAGUAUCCCGGGCCAUUUUUAGCAGGAUGGACAAAUCUGUGGCGGUUAUCCAAGGUCUACGGGGCCGAGUAUGCCCAGACAAUGAAGAAGUUACAUGAGAAAUACGGCCCCAUUGUCAGGAUAGGACCAAAUCUCCUGGACCUUGACUUCCCUGAGCUUUCUCGCACCAUCUACAACACCGAUGGCAAAUGGGUCAAGUCCGACUUCUACAAAAACAGCAGCUCCAUCAUCGAUGGCAAGAUCACCUACCACAUGUUUAGCGAGACCAACAAUGUCGAGCAUGCCAGACUGAAGAGACCUGUUGUGCGCCACUACUCGGUCCCGGCCGUGCUGGCUAUGGAGGCACACAUGGACAAGGUGGUGGCCGACUUGCUCCAACACCUCAAGAAACGUUUUGUUGAGCCCAGGAAGGUCUGCAACUUUGGCGACUGGCUAGGAUACUAUGCCUGGGAUUUCCUCGGUAUCGUCACCUUCAGCACCAAGUUCGGCUACAUGGAAAAGGGCUACGACUUUGAUGGCACCCUCGCUGUUGCCGACCAGUCCAUCGACUAUCUGGCUCUCUGCGGCCAAAUGCCCUGGACCGACUACAUCCUCGACAAGAACCCCAUCUACCCUCUCGGCCCACCCAACAUCUCCAACGUGACCAACAUUGCCAUCCAGAAGAUGACGGCCCGUCUCAAGGGCGAAGACAAGGUGUUCAACCCCGAGAAGCCCGAUUUCCUGCAGUACUUUAUCGAGUCCAAGUCGACCCACCCGGAGAUCGUUGACGAGGGCAAGAUUAUUGGUUAUCUUCUUUUGAACUUGAUCGCCGGUGCCGACACCACAGCCAUCACGCUGCGCGCCCUCUUCUACUACACCCUCAAGGACCAGCGUGUGUGGAAAAAGCUCGAAUCCGAAGUCCGCUCUGUCUUCAAGGCCUUCGAACCCGCGGCCCACAGCAAAGCCCGUGCCCUCCCCUACUUGGAUGCCGUUGUCAACGAAACACUCCGUUACCACCCUGCUGUUUCCAUGAUCAUGGAGCGCAUCGUCCCCGAAGGUGGCCUCGUCCUCCCUGAUGGCUCUGUCGUCCCAGGUGGCCAAAUGGUCGGUAUGAACCCUUACAUUGUCGGUCGUAACAAGAAGGUCUUUGGUGAGAACGCCGAUGACUUUUACCCUGACCGGUGGCUGCAGCGGGAUGGGGAGAAUGACGAGCAGUACAAGGAAAGGAUGCAGCUGUGGAAUCAAGCCAUGCUUCAAUUUGGUGGUGGGUCUAGGAUCUGCCUUGGGAGGAACUUGAGUAUGAUGGAGGUGUACAAGCUUGUGCCUACGUUGCUGUCGACGUUUGACAUUGAGCUGGAGGACCCGAAUGAGGUUUGGUGGUAUAGCAGUCGGUGGUUUUACAGGACGAAGGGGGUUAAUUGUAGGUUGAGGCCUAGGAGUGAUUAA